GUCAUUGGGGGCUCGCAGGGCGAAGAUCGCGGCAGUGACGCCGCGCUGCCGGUCGACAACAAGUUCCGGAGUGAGGUUAACGACUACCACUCGGACGACCACUCUUUCGACCUUGAUGCGAAGAAGACCGUCAUCGAGCCGGGUCAUGGCCGUCGCCCUCACCACCACAAGGCCAGAGAGGAAGUGAUCCAAUCCAACGACGGACUGUCCGAGGGAUCGACUUACGUUAAGCCGCAAGUCCACGCGGAGUCGAACAACGAAAACUCGUACUAUGAAGAUGACCACUCCGUUGAGCUGGCGAAGGAUGUCGUCGAGGUGGUGCCGCCUCACGGUCAUCCCAAGCACCACCAUGCUCGUGGUGAGCACGAAGACAUCGACGUCAUCGGAGGACCCGGCGGUAUUGACACGGGCAAUUCAUUUGCUCUGCCCAUCACCAGCAAAUUCUCCUCCACGGUCAAUGAUGCCUAUGUCGAUGACCACUCGCGUGAUAUCGAUAUCGACACCACCAUUGUGAAACCCAAGUCGCACCCCCCGAGCCACUUCAAGGCUCGCGGAGAGCACGAACAUGUCGACGUUAUCGGCGGCGCUGAGGGUAUUGACACGGGCAACACCUUCGAUAUGCCGAUAACGAGCAAGUUCUCGUCCGAAGUCAACGACGCGUAUAUUGAUGACCACUCCCGGGACAUUGACAGAGAUACCACCAUCGUGAACCCCAAGCACCACGGACCUGGUCACUUCAAAGCACGUACUGAUCAUGAGGAUGUGGAUCUGAUCGGUGGGCCUGAGGGAGUUGACGUCGGCAACACAUUUGAUUUGCCCAUCACCAGCAAGUUUUCUUCGACUGUGAAUGAUGCCUAUGUUGAUGACCACUCGCGUGAUAUUGCUGUGGAUAAGACUGUGGUUUCUCCUCACCACCACAAGGCUAGGGGCGAGCAUGAGCACGUGGACGUUAUUGGCGGGCCUGGAGGGGUUGACACCGGGAACACCGUCAGCAUCCCUAUAACCAGCAAGUUCUCAUCCACCGUCAACGACUACUAUCAAGACGACCAUUCCCGCGAUAUUGAUGUGGACAAGACUGUGGUCAAGCCUCACCACCACAAGGCCCGGGGAAGCCACGAGCAUGUGAAUGUGAUCGGGGGGCCCGGAGGUGUCGACACCGGGAACACCUUUGACAUGCCCAUUACCAGCAAAUUCUCUUCUGUCGUCAACGACGCCUACGUUGACGAUCACUCUUUUGAUCUGGACAAGGAUACCACGAUUGUUCGUCCCCACCACAGGCGCGAGGGUGUGGAUGUUAUCGGCGGCCCUGGUGGUGUCGAUACCGGCAACACGUUUGACCUCCCUAUCACAAGCAAGUUCUCGUCCGAAGUCAAUGACUACUAUCAGGACGACCACUCCCGAGACAUUGAUUUGGAUAAGACUGUUGUUAAGCCCCACCAUCAUAAGGCUCGUGGAGGACAGGAACAUGUGGACGUGAUCGGCGGGCCCAGUGGGAUUGAUACUGGCAACACCUUUGACAUGCCAAUCACCAGCAAGUUUUCCUCCGAGGUGAAUGAUUAUUACAAGGAUGACCACUCUUGGGAUCUCGAUUAUGAUAAGACGAUCGUGCGUCCUCACCACAAGCGACAGGAUGGCGACCACGGAGAGCAUGGCGAGCACGUUGAUGUGAUUGGUGGACCCGGAGGUGUCGACACCGGGAACACCUUUGACCUACCGAUCACCAGCAAGUUCUCUUCGGAAGUUAACGACUAUUACCAAGAUGACCACUCGUGGGACGUUGAUGUGAACAAGAAAAUUGUUCACAAGCGCCAACACGGCGAUGACGUUGACCUGAUCGGUGGACCGGAGGGCGUCGACAUUGGGAACACAUUUUCGCUGCCGAUCACUAGCAAGUUCUCCUCCGAGGUCAAUGAUUAUUACCAGGACGAUCAUUCGUGGGAUGUUGAUGUUGGCAAGAAGAUUGUCAAUGAUUAUUACCAGGACGAUCAUUCGUGGGAUGUUGAUGUUGGCAAGAAGAUUGUUCACAAGCGCCAACACGGCGAUGACGUUGACCUGAUCGGUGGACCGGAGGGCGUCGACAUUGGGAACACAUUUUCGCUGCCGAUCACUAGCAAGUUCUCCUCCGAGGUCAAUGAUUAUUACCAGGACGAUCAUUCGUGGGAUGUUGAUGUUGGCAAGAAGAUUGUUCACAAGCGCCAACACGGCGAUGACGUUGACUUGAUCGGUGGACCGGAGGGCGUCGACAUCGGGAACACAUUUUCGCUGCCGAUCACCAGCAAGUUUUCAUCUGAAGUUAAUGAUUAUUACCAGGACGACCACUCUCGUGACAUCGACACCGAUACCACCAUCGUACAACCCCAUCACCACAAGGCUCGCGGCCAUGGCGAGCAGGUUGACGUGAUCGGCGGGGCAGAGGGUGUUGACAUUGGCAACUCAGUUGAUAUCCCUAUUAGCAACUCCUUCAAGUCCAAGGUCAACGAGCAGAGCUAUGACGAUCAUUCGGUCGACAUUGACAUCAGCAAGCAUCAUGCCCGCCGGGGAGAGGAUUUCAGCAUUUUGGGAGGCCCAUCCGGUGUUGACGUCGGCAACAGCGUGGUUCUACCUUUCACCAACACUGUGGAUGUUGAAUCCAACAGUUACCACAAGGAUGAUCACUCCGUGCACGAACAAGUCACGACCACCAUUGAUCCGGCGCCUGCUCCCGCGCCCGCUCCGGAGCCAGCACAUGAGGAGACUAAGCCGGAGGAACCCAAGGCAGAGCCCCAUGUGGACGAACCUCCCAAACAGCCCGAGCCCAAAGCAUCGACAUCGUGCGAACCCACUGUUCAAGAGGUCGUUCGUACGGUGACACACACCCUGCCCACUGAAACCACAGUUGCCCCCAAGGUUGACGCUGUGGCCACUGAAGCUCCUGCACCUACUCAUUCCGCCCUCGCCCCAAGUGAGCCCACCAAGUCUGCUGCGCAGUCUAACCCUACCCACGAGGCCGCGGCCCCAACCAACCCCUUCACUCCCAACCUGGAUGAAGCUCACCACGUUCCUGGCUCUGAGCCAUCCGCGACGAGUGUUGUGCAGAGUGCGAUCACGACUGCUGCUCCGGCCCGCACGGAGCCUGUAGUCAUGGACAAGGUAGCUUCCAGCAUCACGAUUCAACAAGAUUCCACUUUCCACGUGAUCCCCGUGUACGUGCCACAGUCUUCUGCCACCACUCCCUCGUCGUUCGCCGUUUCCACCGCGGUUACGAGCGUUGUUGGUCCCCACUCCACGGGCGUCGAUGCCUAUGAACCUACGCUCCGCUACAACCUACCCCCGGCUGCACCGUCGGCAUCACCAACCGGUGUUCUGUUCACCGGGGCUGGAGCACCCCAGGCCGCACCAUACGCUGGCGUCUUUUCGGUCUUCUCUGGUCUUGUGGCACUCCUGGCCUUGAUCCUGUAA